CACACACAGAAACCUAAAGACCCCGUUUAUCUGGGCACAAAAGCAAACAAAUACAUACAAACACAGAGGCAGACACACAGAGAAUAACACACCCGCGGGGAAAACCAAGGACCCUCCCGCACAGCCCACAACACCACCAGCCACACAACCCUGACAGACACACUUGCGGACACAUGCAACGCGCACACACACACAAAUGCACGAAUGCACAAACAGGACAUAGCUGGCCACUCGGGCACAGACGGACACGCUUAUGCACUUGUGUUCGCGUACUUGGAGACACCACCCGCUGUGUGCUGAUGGGCUGAACCCCCACUCUCCUGAUCUCACGUGGCCCGGAGGACUCCCCGGAGAACAACACGCACGGUGUCCUCCUCAUGGGCGGGCCAGCUUCACAGGCACUGGUGACGGAGAAACCCGGGAUCAGCUCUGAGCUCUGCCACUCCUGACUGUGUGACCUUGAGCGGCCCAUGGGACCCCUCUGUGUCGUUUCUGCCCUAUAAAAUGGAGGAAUCGCUAAGGUCGUACGGAUAACGCCGGGCCAGGCUCGGAGGCCUCUGAAGCCCACACUGUCUUGUCAUUAACUCCAUUUUAGAGAUGAGCAAACCGAGGUUUAGCAAGGUGGAGCUGAUUCUGCUGAGGUCCCUGGUGCUUACGGACAGAAACGGCCCCCGGCCUGGAAGAGUUAGACACGGGCCCAGACUCCGUAAGACACCAGAGCCAGGAGCCAGUGAACAUGCUUAUCCGCAGGGCACAGACACAGCCCGCCUCAGAGGACCCAGGGGGCUUUGCGACACCCCCUCGCCCCUGUAUGUCUGAGCCUCUGCCCCUCAUGGCCUUGCACCCUGGGGUCACCAGCAGUCUCUGGUUAAUGAUAACCCUGAUGUUUAUGCAGCCCUGGGGAAGGCUGACAGAGGAGCAGAGAAGUGAAGCAGGGCUGGGAGCACCGGGCCAGCUCCAGCCAGUCCUUGGCUUCCCUCCCUCUCGAGGCCAACUGCUCCAGAGAGGAGCAGCUCAGCCACUUUCUAGCUGCGUGAUGUUGGGCCCGUGACUUAACCUCUCUGAGGCUCAGUGUCUCCUUCUGUAAAAUGGGGAUAAAACAGUAGUCACCUCAGAGGGAAGUUAGGAGGACCGUCGGAAACGAUCCGUGGAAAACACUGAGAACAAAGCCCGGCAGUCAGUGACACGCACCCGUUAGGUAUUGUCACUGUCGCCAUUGUCAUUCCCCUUGUGAGCCGCAGCGAGAACCCUGGUGGCUGAGUGCUCUGUGAGUAUGGAUUUAGGCGUGUCUGCGUCCCCUCUGUGUCCCUGGCACGAAGUUCUUUAUCUUUUCAAAGACCCCGUAAAGAAGUGUAUCAUCCCUACUGUACAACUGAGGCAACCGAGACCUGAAGGGCCUGGCUCAAAUCACAGAGCCGUUUGGGUCCAGGACAAACACUUGGGUCCGGAGUCCACACCCAAGCCUGCCGACCACGGCGGGGCGCCUACCCUGCGCUGACCCACGAGCGGGGGCCACGGCCUCCUUCAUCUCAUGGAGUGCUCUGCACACCUGGGGAGUGGGUGCCACCGACUGCCCCCCUCGACAGAUGGGAAAACUGAGGGUCAGGGAGGUCAAACGACUCGCCUGAGCCCACGCAGAACCGAGCCCGUGGUCCUUGCUGAGCUGGUGCCGGUGAGCCCCCUGUCCUCCACGUCUUCCAGGCGUGUGCAGCCGUAGCCAGAGAUGCCGUGUGUUUCCCUGAGGGGUGGGAGGACAGAGGUUAGGUUUAGAUCUGUCCAGUGCCAUGAAGCGAAUCACUUAAUCACUUCCUGCCUCGGUUUUCCCACCUGCAAAGUGGGGAUCCCAUCUCACAGGGCUGUUGUGAGAACUGAGUAAAUUCAUGUUAAGUCAGGCAGACGGUAAGUGCUCAAUGAUUAUUGUUACUACUCUUUCAGGUUGGGGAACACGUGUCAUUUAUUUCUGGAUUUUGCUUAUUUAAUGCUAAAAGCAGAGUCCAAAUGAAAACAACCAGUGUUCAUGAGUUCUGGUCUCCCAAGAAAGAACACAAAAAUCACAAGACAGGCCCUGGAGCCGGCUGCCGGGGCUUGAGUGCUGGCUCAGCCCCAGUCAGCAACCCAAAUCGCAAAUUACUUGACCUCUCUCCUCAGCGUUUGUGCCUGUAAAAUAGCCAUAUAAUAGGGUCAACCUUAGAGAGCUGUUAGCACGAGCUAGUAAACUUUUAGGACAGGGCCUAGUGCAGAGCCAACGCUGAGGGAGGGGGUGGCACCAUCACCAUCAUUGUUUGCUUGCAUUGGUUCCUUAUCCACGGCGGGUGGUGGGCACUCAAGGGGUUAAUUUCAGGCUGGCCUGGAGGCUGUGGGUUUGGGGCAGGACAGCGGCCCUGCCCUGUUUGGCCACCAGAGGGAGCAGCUGGGCCUUGGUGACCGCGCACAUCACACCCUCCGGGAGCCAGGGGAGGGGGCUGGCUGGGCGUGGCCAGGAUGGCUCCAGCCCCCAGCUGUCUCUUCUCCCACCCCCUCCGCUGGCAGAGCCAUCCGGUCCCCACCCGGGUGACAUCCUCCUUACACUCCCUGAGUGGGGUGGAGGGGGAAAUCUGGGGAGGGGGCUGGCUGAGAGUGGUCAGCUCCAGCCCUUUGUGGCCCCUCCCCUCCCAUGGGGCCAUCCAGUCCCUUCCUUAGGGCUGCUCUUCCUAUGGCCUCUGACCCCCUCCUCCUUCUUACGCUGCUUUGCUGGGCGCACCCGGUGCCCAGUGAGUCCCUUUCCCAAACCUCCAAGGAGAAGGGGCGUGGGAGGAGGGGAAGAACAGGGAACUGGAAAGGGGGGUGAGAAAUAAAGAUAACAGACAGAGAGAGAGACACACACACAGGCCAACAGGCAGACAGAGACUCAGAGAGAGAAACAGAGAUAGAGAGACAGACGGAAAUAAAGAGAGAGAGUGGAAAACAGGCUAACUCCCUGAGUCAGAAAUACAAAAAGGGACAGAGACAGACAGACAGGGAAAAAGAAGUAAACAGAAAAUCAGACACCAAAGGGAUAGGGGAAGAAAGACAGGCUGAAAGAGAGACGGAGGAAGGAGAGCGAAGCCAGGACGGGGCGUGCCAGCUGGAGGAAUGGACGGUCGCCUGGCAUGGGACGUGUAGUGGCCCCAGCCCACAGAGCUGGGUGGGCAGAGAGGAGCCGGGGCGCAGCGGGGGUGAGGGGGGAUGGGAGGGGCAGGCGUUGUGCUGCUGCUGCUGCUGGCCGGAGCGGGCGCCAGGGUGGCCUGGAGACCACCAAAGGGAAAGUGCCCUCCGAGCUGCUCCUGCUCCAAGGAUAGUGCCCUGUGUGAGGGCUCUCCAGACCUGCCCGAGAGCUUCUCCCCGACCCUGCUGUCACUCUCACUCGUUAGGACUGGAAUCACCCAGCUGAAGGCCGGAAGCUUCCUGAGGGUGCCCACACUGCACCUGCUCCUCUUCACAUCCAACUCCUUCUCUGUGAUUGAGGACGAUGCAUUUGCGGGCCUGUCCCACCUGCAGUACCUCUUCAUCGAGGACAAUGACAUUGGCUCCAUCUCUAAGAACGCUCUCAGAGGACUUCGCUCACUCACACACCUGAGCCUGGCCAGUAAUAAUCUCGAGACCCUCCCCAGAUUCCUGUUCCGAGGCCUGGAGACCCUAACUCAUGUGGACCUCCGCGGGAACCCGAUCCAGUGUGACUGCCGCGUCCUCUGGCUGCUGCAGUGGAUGCCCACCGUGAAUGCCAGCGUGGGGACUGGGGCCUGCGCCGGCCCCACUGCUCUGGCCCACAUGCAGCUCCGCCACCUGGACCCCAAGACGUUCAAGUGCAGAGCCAUAGAGCUGUCCUGGUUCCAGACGGUCGGGGAGGCGGCGCUGGGCGUGGAGUCCUUCUCCUACCAGGGGGAGCCCCACAUCAUCCUGGCACAGCCGUUUGCGGGCCGUUGUCUGAUCCUCACCUGGGACUACAGCCUGCAGCGUUUCCGGCCCGAGGAAGAGCUGUCCGCGCCCUCGGUGGUGUCCUGCAAGCCACUGGUGCUGGGCCCGAGCCUCUUCGUGCUGGCCGCCCGCCUGUGGGGUGGCUCGCAGCUGUGGGCCCGGCCCGGCCCCGGCCUGCGCCUGGCCCCCACACAGGCCCUGGCCCCACGACGGCUGCUGCGGCCCAAUGACGCCGAGCUCCUGUGGCUGGACGGGCAGCCCUGCUUCGUGGUGGCCGACGCCUCCAAGGCGGGCAGCACCACGCUGCUGUGCCGGGACGGGCCCGGCUUCUACCCUCACCAGAGCCUGCACGCCUGGCACCGGGACACGGAUGCCGAAGCCCUCGAGCUGGACGGCCGGCCCCACCUGCUGCUGGCCUCUGCCUCACAGCGGCCCGUGCUCUUCCACUGGCUCGGGGGCCGCUUCGAGAGGCGCACAGACAUCCCCGAGGCUGAGGACGUCUAUGCCACGCGUCACUUCCAGGCCGGCGGGGACGUGUUCCUGUGCCUGACACGCUACAUCGGGGACUCCAUGGUCAUGCGCUGGGACGGCUCCAUGUUCCGCCUGCUGCAGCGACUGCCCUCGCGUGGUGCCCACGUCUUCCAGCCGCUGCUCAUCGCCAGGGACCAGCUGGCUAUCCUGGGCAGCGACUUCGCCUUCAGUCAGGUCUUGCGUCUUGAGCCUGACAAAGGGCUCCUGGAGCCGCUGCAGGAGCUGGGGCCCCCAGCCUUGGUGGCCCCCCGUGCCUUUGCUCACAUCACCGUGGCCGGCAGACGCUUCCUCUUCGCCGCUUGCUUCAAGGGCCCCACACAGAUCUACCAGCAUCACGAGCUAGACCUCAGUGCCUGAAACGCGAGGGGACCUUGAGACCUUGGACACGGCUCGGAGGGGAGGGGGCACUGGCGCGGGGAGUCCCAGGCCUCUGGACGCUCACUUGAACGGCCUCCUGGCCCUACCCGGGGUGAUGGUAUCUGUGAGGUACCGACCACAGGCCGAGUUCAAGACAAGGGCCUUGAACUUCCAGUCUGAAGCAACAUCUCAGCCUGUGGCACACGCUCCGACCAAGCAUGACUUGGGGCUCGGGCUGGGGCACCGCAAGAAGCUGGGGUACCGAAGCCAUGGUGGGGGCGAUGUGCAGAACUCCAUGAGGUCUGGAAGAGCCCCCUCAAGCCCACUCCCCUCCUGCUCCCUCUGAAAGUACUGAGGAGGAGAGAGCUUUCCUUUCCCUCUAAACUCAUUCUGGCCAAUCUCUUUUAGUGCCCGCCUCCGUGACGUCAUCAGUCGCUGGGCCGGUUUCCCUGCCCGGGCCUGCUAACUUCCUCUGCUGCUUUGUGCGCAUGCCUCCUGCCCAGGCGGAAGCCCAGCGUGUUGGCCCUCUUGCGCCUGCGCAAGAAAUAGGUGGGAAAGUAGGUGUUGUGGCUGGAGACCCCACUACCCUUUCUCUGGAGAGGACGGGAAGUGUAUAAGCUCAAUAAACACGCUGUGCACCUGCCUCA